AUGAGGUUUAGUUUGCUCAUUGGAACAGUUCUCGGUAUGACAGUUACUUUCAAGUUUACAAACGUAAUCUGCAUGAGCUAUAAUGAAUCCUGGUUUGUGUUUCACAACUGCCGUCUAAAGGCCGUAAGUAGAAGCAGAGUCUUUCUGAAUUUAAACGGAACUAUACUGCAUAAGGUUAAUAUGAUUCACGCUCACUACAAAAUGUUCAAAAGAGAAAGUGGCUACAAACCCUGGUUAGUAGACAAAAAAAUUGAUUGCUGCAAGUUCCUUCGCAGAAAUGAUGACCCAGUUUAUAAAAUACUCAAUAGUUUCUUUAAACCGUUUUCCAAUCUUAACCACUCGUGUCCCUAUGAGGGCCCAACAAUUCUGAAGGAUUUUUAUCUGAAGCCUGAACUAUUAGUACUCCCACUUCCAACAGGCGAUUAUAUGUUAUCCAUAAGAUGGUUCUAUAACCAGAGGCUUCAAUAUGACACCAACGUUAGUUUUUCGUUCGUUGAAGAUCUUAGAACUCAAUAA